AUGUCGCACGGCUCUGAAGACUGCGCAUCCGUACUCGAACAAUUUGUUCACGAUGUUGCGAAUUUACCAGCGGAGAUUAAUCACUUGAUGGAGGAGAUUCAGGCCAAAGACAAGAUCAUCCAGGACUGUCGCACGACGAUCAACUCUCGCGACAACAGCAUCCAGAAAUUCAUCAAACUGAAUGGCAGCCUGGCGCCGAACCCGAAGGAGGAGCAGUACGGCAAGACGAUAUUACAGAAUCUAGAAAAGUCGGGGCUCCUGCAGGACGAGAAGAUUCAACUGAGCGAGAAAGCGGUUGUUCUGCUAGAUCGGCAGAUCAAGAAAUUGGAUGUUAAGAUCCGCGACUUGCAGAACGAUGGCGUCCUAUCCAACGAUCCUCCAAUCCCAUCGCUCUUCGUCAAUAAAGAUCAGUAUCGCGACCCCCCGAAGAUAUUCCUCAGCGAUUCCACCUUCGACUCGACAUCCUACAACAGCUCCCCGCUCAACCCUACAUCCGGAAAUGCCAACGUUAUCAUCGGCGCGACUCAAAGACUCAAUCAGUCCCUCGCUCGUUCGACGGGCGUCACCGCACUAGGCUCUCCAAACCACGCAAGAAGCUCGGCCCCGGCCACCCCUGCCGCCGGGACAACCCAUUUCCAACAACGCCAGCGCGAGUCGUCCGCCGGUGCCGUGGAAAACAAACGCCGUCGCCUCAACGCAUCCCUCGGAACCCUUCCCGCCGCAUCGUCGAACCUCCGACAAUCAUCUCUCGGCCCCGGCACACCAAAAGGCGGAACCCCGGCAUCCAGUCGCGCCGGCAGCCUUGGCCCACGCGGAACCGGCUCGGUGAAGAAGGCCCUGACCAAGAAAGUCGCACCUCAUCAGCAACUCAAGAAGCUCAAAGCGUCGUCCGGACUCCACGGGAAACCAACGAAGCGGUCCUCCAGUGCCAGUGGCCGUCUCAAAAUCAGCAGCACGAAGAAGUCUCCGUCCGCGGCCGGUGGGGAUGACGACGAGGACGAUUCGCUCCUCAGCAGCGCCGAUAUGUCGGAUUCUGAAAACGCAAGCGAGAACAGACGCGGGGACGAUGACAUGGAUGACGAGGAAGAGGACGAAGGCAACGAAGACACCAAGGUCUACUGUACCUGUCGCAGCGUCAGCCACGGGGAUAUGGUUGCUUGUGAUAACGAAGACUGUGAAUUCGAGUGGUUCCAUUGGAAAUGUGUGGGCUUGACCAGGGAACCUGUGGGCAAGUGGUAUUGCCCGCAAUGCUCUGCGAAACUGAACAACUAA